AUGGAUAUUAUUUCAUUUAGUUAUGGUAAUAGUAAUAAUAAUAACAAUAUUUUUUUAUUAUCUGGUCUUGGACUCACGCGGUUAUUUCAAAAGCCUAAUUUAGACUUAACAACGGCGAACACAAGGCACUUGAACGCCGAACCGGACUUAGUCAUCGUCUUCGUGUCGCCGCAAAGUGAAAGACACUCUAUGUUAAGAGAAGCUACAAGAUAUUAUCGGGAUAUGACACACAUUUAUCACGCGAAAUUUAGAUAUGUAAAGAGUUUAUUUGGCCUAAUUGGUUUGAUUUAUUGUUUAAGGGACGGAAAAUUUGACCCUGAAGUUUAUACGACUGAGAAAAGAAAAUGGAAAAUUAUUUACAGGAAGAAAAUAUUCGGCCCAAGCCGGCUGGGAGAACUGAAGAAUCCAGUCCAUGGGGACAAGAACAAUGCGGACGACGUAUCUUGGCCAUUCUACAGCGCUAUUGAUGAAAUAGUUUCGAGUUGUAAUAAAAUUACUCAAUCUAAUCAGAAUCAGCAAAUUCUUUAUGACAAUCAAAUUGAUCCUCAUCAAUUUCUGUAUGUCUCUGUGAAUUCCGAUGAGCAGACUGAAGAAGAAAUAGCUCCUUGUUCAUCGAAAAGUUCAACAAGAUCUAAAAGAAUGAAUGGAGACUUACCGGACGUAACAAUUUCAUCUCGGAAACGUAUAAAAGAGUCUCCGGCACUUGACACAAGUCAAGUACCACUGGCUCAAGCGCCAUUAAACCUCCGUGCCAAUACAUAUGGAGUAAAAACAAAAAUUCAAAUGACUCCGUUAGUCAAUGUCAGAGACGCAACGAAGCUCAGGCGAACUACCACGGAAAAUCGUUCUCGGGUUCCUCAACAGCAGCAGCAGCCGCAACGCCAGCAGCUGCAUAUUAUCCGGACGACAGUGAAUCAUGUCAAGAGGGCAAGCCAGUCUCUCGACAGAGAUUCUAGCAGGCUCAGAAGACUCCGCAAAACCUUGGUGCAAACAUACCCCCCAACUUCCACCUCGACGAUGUUAAAUGUCAAUGAAAAUCACAGCAGUGAGCUGAUAAGAAAAUUAAAUGAAUUCAUUGUUUACACCAAAAGGCGCGACGAAGAACAUCGUAUUAUUAUGAUAAGAAUUCUUGAAUCCGUUGAAAAAAUAGCCAAUAAAAUUGAUUAA